AUGACUUCAGUCGGUGUACCCAUCAAGAUCCUUCACGAGGCCGAGGGUCACAUUAUUACUCUUGAAACGGUUACAGGUUUGAUAUAAAUCUAAUCCUUAUCUAACUUCGACUGUUUCAGGAGAAGUCUACCGUGGGAAGUUGAUCGAAGCCGAGGACAACAUGAACUGCCAGGUUGCCGAUGCCAUUGUCACUUUCCGCGACGGCAGGUCCCAUCAGUUGGACAACGUUUUUGUUAGAGGAAACAAGGUUUGAAACGACGAACUUUUUUGAAAAUUUGAAAAAAAAAGUUGAAAAUUAUAUUUCAGAUCCGUUUCAUGAUUCUUCCAGACAUGCUCAAAAACGCUCCCAUGUUCAAAAACAUUGGCAGAGCGCAGAAGGUUGAUAAAUUGAAAUUUUUAUUCAUGGUAAUUUAUUUUUUUAGGGUGCUGUUGGAAUGGGUCUUGGUGGGAUCGAACCUCGUGGAAGAGGACGAGGAACAGCAUUUAGAAGGUUAAUUCUUAUUCUUCUCUAAUUUUUCUGGUUAAAAAUUCGGUAAUCCAUUCUAAAACAUGCGUGUACCAGUGUCUCGAUUGAUUUUCUUAUUUCAGAACCACAGGCAGAGGCGGCCCCGGCCCUCGCGGAGUUCAACGCCCUGGCGGCGGUUUCCGUGGUUGA